AGUUCCACUUGGUUCUUUUUUCAGAUACAUCAAGUCUUUCUUUCAUGUUGCUUCCUCGUUUUUCUGAACCCAUGGGUAUUCUGUGGACUGUAUCUGGCAGUCCCAGUGUCUGAUGUCUUUAGGGAUCUAAAUUUAUUCCUUGUUUUUUUCUGUUGUCUAUCUCUCAUGUUGGGUUGUCACCUCCUAUGCUUGAUGAUCUUUGGUUAUGAACUCUUUGAUUGAUCUUUCUCCGUGGGAUCUUGAAAGUUUGAUUUGGAGGUCCUUUUCUUCUGAUAGGAUUUGUAUCAUGUUUGGUUGGGAGCCAGGGAGUUUACAUUGGACCACUUUCGGUGUCUUCACUUUGCUUCUGGCCCAGGGCUGUGUCCGUUGCUGCUCUUGGCAAUACUACUUGUAGCUCUUGACUCUCAGCUUUAGUUUUUAGCCAGAGGUUUGUUGCUUUUGGGGGGAAGGGUGGUUUUAGACAUUCCUAGUUCUAUAAGCUCAGCAAAAUUUAAAAAAUUUUAGAAUCGAGGAUCUACUUUGUUUUGCAGUGAGAGUCCCCUGUUAGUUCAUCGUAACUGAUGGGUUUAGUAGUCCUUUACAUUCUUACUUGAGUGUAUUAGAAAAAAAAAGUCCUUCCAAGUGUAAGGUUUCUUGUGGUAUCAAAUUUUCUAUUAAAACAAGCUUAGAUCUGAGUUAAAAGUUGAGUUAUUCUCAAAAAAAUACUGAAUAACAGUAGUAGAGGUAGCAAGUGGAUUUAGCAAAGUUUUCUACUUGGGGAGCGUGAAUAAAAAAUUUGGCAAGUACUGAGCUAGGGAAUCAAGAUGAAUAGCGCACAGCGUACCCUCUCAGCCUACAAAGAUAAGCCUGUGAUGACCAGUGUGAGAACUGCUGUCAAAAAGAUGUGGGCAGGGCGCUCUGGGUUUAUGGAGAAGAGGUGCAGAAAGGAACUUGGUAGUAGUAGUGAGAAGAUCAGGAAAUGCUUCCCAGACUGGUAGGCCUUAGGUGGUUGUAGAAGAAGGUUUGUUUAUGAAUCAGAGGCAGUUGAGUAUGAAUGUCUUCUGUGUUGCAUGUUGUGGAGUGACUGGAAAUAAAAGCAGAAACAGGAUUAUGAAAGACCUUCCAAGCUGCAGUACGAAGUUUGGACUUUAUUCUGAAGGUGAAGGGAAGCUAUUGAAUGAUUUUAAGCAGUAAAAUGUUACGAUCAGAGUUUUAGAGAGUGCCAGGUUAGAGAGUGCCAGGUUUGAAGGCACAUCACCAGCUGGGAGUCUGCUUGUUAAGUUAGUUUAGAGAAGAAAAGAUGAAGCGAAAAUGAAGGUAGUGUCAUUGGCAUGAACAGGUGUACGGGUGCUAAUUUUAGAUUUCAUAGGUGGGUAGAAACGACAGGACUUUGUGGUCAGAUGGAGAGGAAUGUUGAGAGAGACUGGGGAGUCCAGAUUGCCUCUGGAUCGCUGGUUUGCUUAACCAUGUGGCAUGUAGAACAGUUGACUGGUAACAUACGGAAAGAGGAGAGAACUUCGUUUCAUUUGUUUGUUUUUGAAGAAAAAGAUAAGUUUAUUUUUGAACUUAAUCUGAGAAAUUUGUGGGACAUCUUGUUGACGGGGACUAUAGAGAUGCAGUGCAGCCUGGAGGAAUUAGAGACUUCAGCCUCUGGUCGUUUCGUCCGUUGUUUGUUUCAGUGCAGUUUGAGAUAAUUUAAAGUGGCACAUGGAUUCUGUAAUAGUUAAGAACUUAAUGUGUAUGAAAAUGUAAACUGUAUGUCAAAUCUAUGAUAUCAUGGGUAUUACCACUUAGGCCAAGUGAGCCCAAUAAAAGAGAACUACUAAAUAAAUAAAAAUACAUGUGAUAUGUGGAAAUGGCAAAAAUCAUGGUGAAGCUGUGCAAAUGAUGGAAGUGCAGAAAGUACUAUUUUGAAGCCCUGGGUAUGGUGGAUGAGGUCACCGAGGAGAGAGUAAGCCUGAAAAAAAAAGAGAGGUGACAUUUGGGUGGCGGGGAAUGGAGAAGAAGAGCCCAUGGAAACUGAGGAAAAGCAGCCAGAAGAAUAGGAGGAAAACCAGGAGAAGAUGGUCUUUGGAGUCCAUAUGAAGAGUUCUGAGAAGGAGGAAGUGGUCAACAGUGUCAAGAUGGUACAGCAUGGAUGAUUUUGCCCCGGGAGAUUUCACUGUAGUAGAUGAUGCCUUGUUAGAAGAUUGCCCUUAUGUGGACGAUUGUGUCCUUGCUCCUGAAUUUAUGUCCAACGAUUGUGUUCGCGUGACUCAACUUUACUGCAAUGGGGUGGGGAUGCAGUAUAAAGAUUUUACCCAAAGUGAGAGAAACUUAGAAUUUGAUAUCUGCAAUAUGUGGUGUAGUAAACCAGUUUCUGUCCUGCAAGAUUACUGUGAUGCCAUUAAAAUACACAUCUUCUGGCCACUUCUGUUUCAACGUCAGCACAGUUCUGUAAUAUCAAGGUUGCAUCCUUGUGUGGAGGCUGGCAAUUCUCAUGCUUCUGAGAUAAGUUUGAAGAAAUUACAACAUCUAGAAUUGAUGGAAGAUAUUGUGGAUUUGGCAAAGAAAGUUGUGAACGAUUCAUUCUUUAUUGGAGGCUUAUUGAGAAUUGGUUAUAAAAUAGAAAAUAAAAUCUUGGCAAUGGAAGAAGCUUUGAAUUGGGUGAAAUACACAGGUGAUGUAACAAUUCUACCUAAAUUAGGAGCGAUUGACAAUUGUUGGCCUAUGUUAAGUAUUUUCUUCACUGAAUACAAGUAUCACAUAACUAAAGUCAUAACAGAAAACUGCAAUUUGCUUGAAGAAUUUAAAACUCAAAAUUGUGUGGAGUGUAUAGAGCAAGGAGAACUAAUGAAAAUGAAAGGAAAUGAAGAGUUUUCAAAACAAAGAUUUGAUAUAGCUAUUAUCUAUUACACCAGAGCCAUUGAAUAUAGACCUGAAAAUCACCUUCUUUAUGGUAACCGAGCUCUUUGUUUUCUUCGCACUGGACAGUUUAGAAAUGCACUUGGUGAUGGAAAGAGAGCCAUUAUUCUAAAGAGCAAUUGGACAAAGGGUCAUUAUCGUUAUUGUGCUGCUCUUUCUAUGCUGGGGGAAUAUGACUGGGCCCUGCAAGCAAACAUAAAAGCUCAAAAACUCUGUAAAAAUGACCCUGAGGGAAUCAAGGAUCUAAUUCAGCAGCAUGUAAAGUUACAAAAACAAAUAGAAGACCUGCAAGGUCGAACACCAACUAGGAAUACAAUUAAAGCUUUUUAUGAAAGCAGGGCCUACAUACCUAGUUUAUCAGCACCUGCAUUUAGUACUUCACUUAACUUCGUGGAAACUGAAAAAGAUUCCAGAAAAACUAACCACGAAAUGGCAAACGGUGGUAAUCAGAAUCUAAAGGUGGUAGAUGAAGCUUUGAAGGUAGAUGAUUGUGACUGUCAUCCUGAAUUUCUACCACCAUCAAGUCAGCCUCCAAAAUAUAAAGGAAAACAAAAAUCUCGAAACAAUGAAUUGGAGAAGUUCAGUUCUACUUCACAGGGGAGUUUACCAGUAGAUUUGAAAAACAUCUUGGAAAAACAGUUUUCUAAGUCUUCUAGAGCUGCACACCAGGAUUUUGCUAAUAUAAUGAAAAUGCUGAGAAGCUUAAUCCAGGAUGGUUACACGGCUUUGCUCGAGCAGCGCUGUCGCAGUGCCGCACAGGCCUUCACGGAGUUGCUCAAUGGUCUAGAUCCUCAAAAAAUAAAGCAAUUGAACCUGGCCAUGAUUAACUAUGUCUUAGUAGUCUACGGACUUGCUAUUUCUCUCCUUGGGAUAGGACAGCCGGAGGAAUUAUCUGAAGCUGAAAACCAGUUUAAGAGGAUGAUUGAACACUAUCCCAAUGAGGGACUUGAUUGCUUGGCCUACUGUGGAAUUGGAAAAGUAUAUUUGAAAAAGAACAGAUUUCUAGAAGCUCUUAAUCAUUUUGAGAAAGCAAGAACCUUGAUUUGUCGCCUUCCUGGAGUGUUAACUUGGCCCACAAGUAAUGUGAUUAUUGAAGAGACUCAGCCAGGGAAAAUACAGAUGCUGUUAGAGAAGUUUAUUGAAGAAUGCAGGUUCCCUCCAGUGCCAGAUGCCAUUUGUUGCUAUCAGAAGUGCCGUGGAUAUUCUAAAAUCCAGAUAUAUAUAACUGAUCCAGACUUUAAGGGUUUUAUACGAAUCAGCUGCUGCCAGUACUGUAAAAUAGAAUUUCACAUGAACUGUUGGAAGAAAUUGAAAACAACAACUUUUAAUGAUAAAAUUGACAAGGAUUUUCUGCAAGGAAUUUGUCUUACCCCUGACUGUGAAGGAAUCAUUUCUAAGAUUAUCAUUUUCAGCAGUGGUGGUCAAGUUAAAUGUGAAUUUGAACACAAGGUCAUAAAAGAAAAGGUUCCUCCAAGACCUAUUCUGAAACAGAAAUGUUCUAGCCUAGAGAAGCUAAGACUGAAAGAAGACAAAAAAUUGAAGAGAAAGCUCCAAAAAAAAGAAGCAAAAAAAUUAGCACAAGAAAGGAUGGAAGAGGACUUAAGGGAAAGUAAUCUGCCCAAAACUGAAGAGCAGAAAGAAACUGUAGACAAUGUUCAGAGUUGCCAGUUCCUUGAUGACAGAAUUCUGCAGUGCAUAAAGCAGUAUGCUGACAAGAUAAAAUCUGGUAUUCUGAACACUUCCAAGCUUCUCAAAGAAUUGCUUUCUUGGAAGGUUUUAAGCACAGAAGACUACACAACCUGUUUUUCUAGCAGAAAUUUUCUAAAUGAAGCGGUGGACUAUGUCAUUCGUCACUUGAUUCAAGAGAAGAAUAGAGUAAAGACCAGGAUAUUUCUGCAUGUUUUGAGCGAGCUUAAAGAAGUGGAGCCCAAAUUAGCUGCCUGGAUCCAGAAACUGAACAGCUUUGGUUUAGAUGCCACGGGACCUUUUUUUUCUCGUUAUGGAGCAUCUCUUAAGGAGCUUGAUUUUAGCAUCAUGACUUUUCUCUGGAAUGAGAAAUACGGUCAUAAACUAGCCUCUAUAGAAGGAAAGCAACUGGAUUAUUUCUGUGAGCCGACAUCAUUGAAGGAAGCACGAUGUUUAAUAUGGCUGCUAGAAGAACACAGAGACAAGUUCCCAGCGUUGCAUAAUGCUUUAGAUGAAUUCUUUGAUAUAAUGGACAGCCGCUGUACUGUAUUAAGGAAACAAGACAGUGGUGAUGUGCCGUUUAAUUCUGCCAAGAUAAAAAAUAAAGGCAAGAAAAAGAAGCCAAAAGAUUCAAAGCCUAUGUUAGUGGGGUCUGGAACAUCUUCAGUAACCCCAAAUAAUGAGACUAUCACUUCAGGUGAAGACCACAACAGACGCAAUCCAAAUUCUGCAGGCCCAUUUGUGGUACCUGACCACCUUCGGCAAGAUGUAGAAGAAUUUGAAGCUAUCUAUGAACAGCACAGCAGUGAAUAUGUUGUCCGUAAUAAGAAGCUGUGGGACAUUAACCCAAAACAAAAAUGUUCAACUCUGUAUGAUUAUUUCUCUCAGUUGUUGGAAGAGCAUGGUCCCUUGGACAUGAAUAAUAAAAUGUUCUCUGAAGAAUAUGAAUUCUUCCCAGAAGAAACUCGGCAAAUACUAGAAAAAGCCGGAGGUUUGAAAUCUUUUCUCUUGGGAUGUCCUCGUUUUGUUGUGAUUGACAACUGUAUUGCAUUGAAGAAAGUUGCAUUACGGCUUAAGAAAAAGAGAAAGAAGAAAAACAUUAAGACAAAAGUGGAAGAAAUUUCAAAAACAGGGGAGUAUUUACGAGUUAAACUACCACUGAAUCCAACCGCGAGGGAAUUUAAACCAGAUGUAAAGUCCAAACCAGUGUCUGAGUUAUCUUCAGCACCAGCUUCUGAGGACGUGAAGCCCAAACCUGUAUCUGCUAAUUCUCCCCAACCAACCUGUGAAGCUGUGAAGCCGAAACCAGUGUCUGAUAAUUCUUCUAGAUCAGCUUCUGAGGAUGAGAAGCCCAAGGAGGUCUCUUUUGAUUCUCCCACAUCAGUGUCUGAGGAUGCCGGUCACAAGCAAGUAUCCUGUAAUUCUCCCAAACCAGCCUCUGAGGAUGUGAAACCAACCUACUGGUCUCAACCCCAUUUGGUCACAGGAUACUGUACAUACCUCCCCUUUCGGGGAUUUGACAUUACCCAGACACCACCAACAUAUAUGAACGUGUUACCCAGUUUGCCCCAGUACACUAACAUUUAUACACCUCUAGCCAACGUUCCUUCUGAAUAUCAGCUGCAAAGAUCAGUACCAGUGGCGCCAUCAUUUGUAGCCAGUGACAGACCAGAUGAAAGUGCUGCUGUAUAUUUUGAGGGUCCUCAUUUGAAUGCUGAGAAUACUCCUCCUGGUAACGAGAUUGCCCCUAAAACACAGAUCCUUCAGGAAUCUUUGGAAGUAUCAUUAAAGACACGGUGCAGCAUGAAUGGUGACGGUACAGCCCUCAGUGGGUCUAACAGCCAUGAAGGUCACUGUGGAAAUUCUGCCAACAAGUGGGAAGUAAAUCUAGAAAGUACCGACGAAGUAACAAAUAUUCCACAUAGACAAAUGGCUGCUAUACAGGUGUCCUGGAAUAUAACACAUCAAGAGGUCAAUACUGAGCCAUAUGAUCCUUUUGAGGCACAACAGGGAGAUCUUUCACAGAUUGAGAAGGAGUACCAGCUUUUACAAGAGCAGCUUAAGGAAGCAUGUGAAAAUUAUGAGCAGAUUAAACUCAAGGUCUCGGAAGAGACCAAGGACAUGGAAGAAAAGUUGAAAAGGAACUCAGAAGAAAACAAGAUAUCAAAGACAGAAUUAGAUUGGUUCCUUGAAGAUUUGGAAAAGGAAAUUAAAAAAUGGCAACAAGAGAAAAAAGAAAUCCAAGAAAAUCUAAAAGCACUAAAGAAGAAAAUGAAAAAGGUUCUAAAUGCCAACGAAACAUAUACCCAGAAAAAUGAUGGAAAGGAUAAGGAACAUGAAUUACUUCUGGAUCAGUCCCUCGAAAUCAGUGAUACAUUUACAAAUGAGAAAAUGAAAAUAGAAGAGUGCAUGAAGAAAGGGAAAGAGAAUUAUGAAGAGAGUCUUCAAAGAGCAGUGGCUGCAGAGGUAUCUGUGCUUGAAAACUGGAAGGAGACAGAAGUGUACAAAUUACAGAUCAUGGAAUCACAAGCAGAAGCGUAUCUGAAGUACCUGAAGCUCCUGAGCAGUGAUUCUGCAGCAUAUCCUGAUACGGAGUCUGAUGUACAUUCAUGGGAAUCAUUUCUUUGUAAGGUUGGAAAAGGAAUUGAGAAAGCAAAGUCUCAAUUUGAAGAACAAAUUCAAGCAAUUAAAAAUGGCUCUCGGCUCAGUGAACUUUCUAGAGUGCAGAUUCCUGACCUUUCACUUCCUGUCUGUAGCACAAUUCCUCCUAAAUUACUUCCCGAGUCUUCAAGCCAUGACGAUCACGGAACUGCCGCUGCCAGCACUUCUGCAAAUCGUGGGACUGGAAACCAAACAACAGGUCCCAAGGAUUCAAGUCUGGUCUCCACCAGCGAUGGCCCAGUGGGGGCUUCCUCUCCUCCAUUGUCGGGAUCGCUCUCCUGUCAGCCUGGAGUCACCCAGCUGCCAGAGUGUGAGAGCACGGGCCAGGAAACUCUGUCAAAACAAAGCCUUGUGGCUGAUCAGAAACUACCAGGACGUGCUACUCGGUCAAGCCAGUCUCCAAAAAAGCCGUUCAAUAGUAUUAUUGAGCACCUGUCAGUGGUAUUCCCAUGUUACAACAGCACUGAGCUUGCUGGUUUUAUUAAAAAAGUGCGAAACAAGAACAAGAACUCACUGUCAGGAUUGAGUAUUGAUGAAAUUGUCCAAAGAGUGACAGAACACAUUCUAGAUGAACAGAAAAAGAAAAAGCCAACUUCAGGAAAGGACAAGAGGUUGUCUGAGCCCAGCUCUGCUGCUACUGUGACCACUGCCUCCCAGGGCCCAUCCUCCCUGACUGCUGGACCGUUGCCCAAAACCAAGGGACAGAAGGCAGAAGAUAUCCCUGCACCGGGUGCAGCUUCCUGUGAAAUAUGCCAUGAGGUAUUCAAAUCCAAAAAUGUGCGUGUACUAAAAUGUGGGCACAAGUUUCACAAAGGGUGCUUUAAGCAGUGGCUGAAAGGGCAGAGCACUUGCCCGGCCUGCCUUGAUCAGGAUCUCCUGUAAGAAAAGUAGCCGGCACCUUCUGGAAGAGGCCAGUCUGCUUUUGUAGGUAGUCACAGUUCACUGAAGAGUCAUUUACUGGUUUGUUGAAUUGGGAGAAUAACGAUAUAUUACUUCUGGUAUAAAAGGCAAACAUUUGGAGAUCCUUUGCACUGUGUGUCACAGCGCUGGUAAAUGGAAAUCUUUAAUAUAGUUGAUAGUAAUUUCCUUGCUCUUAUUAAACACUUUGAUAAUAGCAAAUAGUGGCUAAUAAAAGUAUGUGUAACCACAUUCCUAAAUUGUUGGGGCUGCUUACAGAGGUACUCUCUGAGACUGAAGGCUUCUUUUGGAAAGUGUUGUGAGCACCUCAAAGCAGUACUUGAAUUGUAAGUAUUCUGACCUGUUAAAGUGCCCCCAGUUAAAAUUUUUACGAGUCAGUAUUCCUUAUAAAAUGCCUACAUUUUUCCUCAGAAAUUCUGCACUUAAAUGGGCGUAAGCAAACACAUUUUAAUAAUCUAUAGUAAAUGGUAACAUAUCGGCUGAUUUAAACCAAAAGAUUUAAAUCUCCUUUUCAUGGAAACACCAUGUGAUUUUGCUUUUCCAUUUCAUUAUUUUAUAUCCCUGGUAGAUUUAUAAAGGACUUAGUUUUCAUCACCUAAAGGUAUAAUUUGAUUUUUGAAAAUUGGUUACAAACACUUUCUUAUUAGUGUCAGCCAAGACUUUUUUUGCCCUGAAAAUUGAGGCUACGUGUUCAUCCCCCAACCCUACACUUGGAGCUUCUUCUUUCCAUACCUUACUCUUAGGAGCAGCAUUUGUCCUUCUUCGUGAUGACAGGUGUUUGGGUGUCUCUGUCUGAUGCAUAGCGGGCACUAUGGGGAAGUAGUCCCCGUCAUUCCCCUCCCUGUCCCACCACCACAGAGAGAUACUUGUGUAAGUAGACAGUCCUGAGGCGUCCGUGUUUUGCUCGCUCCAUGUGUGACAUUUGUGUGGAGUAAUGCAUGCGCUCUUGUACUGUGGUGUGAGAACAAAACUCUACAUUAGAAUCUGUUAAAAUAUUAGAUAGCUUUAGUGACUUAUAAACAGUGGUAAAUGCAGAACCACGAAUUGUAGAUACAUUCCAUUUCUCUCAGACGUCAAAAAAUGUUUUUCAUUGUGUUCUUUGUUCCCCUGGAAGCUCACAGUCCCAAGUUCGUGAGCUGAUUUCAUCACCUUCUUCAGCCUUGGUUCCCUGUGAGUUUUGAUGUCGUGGUGACUUAGUCCACUGACACUCACUCUGUAUUUUGAAGCAGAUUCUCUUUGUGGGUCCCUGAAACAUCGUCUGCAUGUCCUUAAUAACUGAGAACGGUAGAUAGGAAGAUAUGUAGGGACCAGUAUGUAGCAGCAGGUACAAAGGCAAGGAAGAGCAGCUAGAGGGUGAGAACAUGCGUUUUGUACAUCAAACAGAUACUUGUGAACAUGCCUUACCCAUGUCCUGUUGUAAGUUUCAAAAUAAAGAGCAUUCUAAAAUAACA